AUGUAUAGACCUAUAUUACGAAAUGCCAGUAGGCGAUUGGCAAAUGCGAGACCGGUAGCUAUCACUACUAGAGGUCUUGCUGCUCAUGCUACCCCGCAGCCAUUUGAUUGGAAAGAUCCUUUAAAUGCACAGAAUCUUUUUACAGAGGAAGAAAUAGCUAUCUCAGAAACUGCGGAGCAAUAUUGCCAGGAACGGAUGUUACCUCGAGUUUUGCAGGCAUAUCGAGACGAACAUUAUGACCGAAAGAUACUCGAAGAAAUGGGAGAAUUGGGGCUAUUAGGAGCUACGAUAAAUGGUUACGACUGUGCUGGUGUAUCAAAUGUUGCUUCGGGACUUAUUACCAAGGCAGUUGAACGAGUGGAUAGUGGAUAUCGAUCUGGAAUGUCAGUACAGUCUUCGCUGGUAAUGGGAGGUAUCGAUGAAUUCGGCACACAAGAACAAAAGGAGAAGUACUUGCCAAAAUUGGCAAAGGGGAAAUUGUUGGGCUGUUUUGGAUUGACAGAGCCGAAUCAUGGUAGUGAUCCUGGGUCCAUGGAGACCACUGCGAAACCUCAUCCAACAAAGAAGGGCUAUUAUUCAAUAUCCGGAGCUAAGACAUGGAUCACAAAUUCUCCAAUCGCAGAUGUAUUCUUAGUAUGGGCCAAGUUACAAGAGACUGGCAAGAUUAGAGGUUUCAUCAUCGAUCGAGCAGAUUGUCCACCGGGGACCUUGGAAACACCUGCUUUGAAAGAUAAAAAUGGACUUCGAGCUUCCUUAACUGGCAUGAUUCAACUCGAUGAAUGUCCAGUACCUGAAGCAAAUAUGUUCCAAGCAGUCGAGGGUCUUCGAGGACCAUUUACUUGCUUGAAUAGUGCAAGAUAUGGUAUUGCCUGGGGCAUGACAGGUGCGCUUGAAGAUUGUAUUGACCGAGCUAGAACAUAUGCUCUUGAACGAAAACAAUUCAAAGGCAACCCAUUAGCCAAAUAUCAACUCGUCCAGAAGAAGCUAGCGGAUGCCGUCUCGGAUGCGGCCUUUGGUACACUGGCUUGCGUUCAGGUUGGAAGACUCAAGGACAAGGGAGAAGCAGCACCGGAGAUGAUCAGUAUGAUUAAGAGACAGAAUUGCGAUGCUGCACUCCGGAAUGCGAGGACAUUACAGGAGAUCUUUGGUGGCAACGCUGCGAGUGAUGAGUAUGGUAUUGGAAGGCAUGUUUCGAAUUUGUUUGUCACCCAAACUUAUGAAGGACAGAGUGAUAUUCAUUGUUUGAUUUUGGGAAGAGCAAUUACUGGUAUUCAAGCAUUUUGUUGA